AUGGGUAUCACAGUGCCCUUCCCGACAGGGGUGAGAAAGUGGGCGCUGGAGCUUUCAGACUUAGUUCGGGCCAAGCUGGAUCCAUCACGCGUCCCUGGCACAAAGUUCAGCGAGACGAAGCUACAGAAGUGGAUCAUGUUCUUCAAGAACACAAUGAAGGGCUCUUCGGAGGUGAUCGUGUCGAGUGAGAAGUUCGCCCUAUUCAACGAGACGGACUGGGGCUAUUUGCUGUCUUUGCUGCAUCCUGGCGUUGACAAAGCUUGCAUCUCCGUCGUGGUUGCUCACAGGGACCCGGAGGCCUGGAUAACAUCCCGUUGGCUUCAGCAGAACAAGCACAAGACGAAUCCACAAAGCUGGGCGUCGAAGCUUACAGAAAUCCUGAGCAGUCGAGUUCCCAACAGUUUUGGAUUUGCUGGAGAGCAGUUGUACAUUCUCGACGUUUUGAACGCCGUGUUCCCUGGAGCUCUGGAUGCCGUGUCCUAUGACUACUUGCGUGAAGCCAACUGUAGCCUGGCGGCUUUCGUCAUUUGCAACAGCACUCUGCGAAGGAAAGGCCCAGCUUGGAGGGAGUGCAAAAAAGCAAUCGAAGCUAGGUCAGUGAAAGAGGAGCUUCUUGACUCCUCGACUGUUGGCAGCCUUUCUGUA